AUGAACAUCAUAGUACACCACCGCUCGCAACCUCUCGAUCGGAUCGACACUUCCAUCCGUCCAGACAGAGUGCAACUGCUGCACCGUAUAGUGUCGAAUCCGCCACGGAAGAUCGUCGCGAUCAGGCUUGAAAUCAAAACGCAAGCCGUAGCGACAAAGCACAGAGUUCAGCAUAGAAACCGCCGGAUCGCGAAGAGCUACAAUAAGAUGCGGACAAAUAUCGACCAACUGGCGCUUAAGCCCCCGACGCUCCUCGGCGGACAGGCGGAAGAGUCGGCCCCCAACGACCUUACCACCCCCCACCCCGACCACUUCCUCGUCAACCGCGCCGCCUACAUCAACCACAUGCGCUUUCUAGCCGUGCUAACCCAGAAGCGGAUCGCCGACUGCCACAGUCUCCUCGCCGCCUGCACGCGCGGUGUGCUCCACGGCACCAGCGAGUCCGCGGACACGGAGCUGCGGGCGUAUGAGCAGGUUUUUGCCGUGCUGCGGGGCGCGGCGUGGACGGAGGGGUCGCGGUGGAUGUUGCCGGGGCUGGAGGGGCUGACGUGGCCGCAGAGGUGGAGCGCGUGGGAGGGGGUGGCGGUGGAUGCGCGGAGGGAGGAGGCGGUGAGGGGGGUGGCGGGGAGGGUGUGUGUUAUGAUGAGGGGGGUGAGGAGGAGGUGUGCGGGGGUGUAG